CAUAUAUGUAUCUACUCUUGUUUAAGAUAUUGCACCUAUGCAGCUCAUUUUAAAAAGUUAUGUAAAGUUUUAGACUUUGAAAGUUACUUAGGAUAUUAAAGAAAUACAGCUCAGUAGUUAGUCAUCUAUAACAACCAAACUUAAGAGUCAUGUUAGGCAUGUUUUCAAGGUAUAUCAACAGAGAUGUAUUUUAAAUAGAUAUCUGGUCUUCAAAUGCUUCAAAGACAUAUAGAAUAUGGCAUUUAAGCUGUUUUAAUAAUACAAACCCUUUCAUGACAAUGAGACACAUCUGCUCCUGGCAGCACCAAUCUACUUCAGAGAAGAUGAUGGGCAUCAAAAAACCUCCAUAUGGAGUUUGCUUUCUUCGUGGCAAAGUUAGUCACUGGGCAAAGAAACUGCCCUUGCCUUGACUGCUGACAGUGUUCUGUCCAAAUUGGACAAGUAAGGCACAAAAGAAAGCAACUGCCAAACUUGGCCAAAUCAGGGAUGAACAGUCCUUCAAAAAUUCCUGCUUCACAGACAAAUCUGUCAGAUAGUCUAGGUCUGUGGGCUGAAGAUGAAUGCUCCAACAUUGCAGAGGAACCUUGGGUGAUUGUCCAGGCAGCCAGCUGUUUCUGUCAUUUCUCUUAGUUUUGGAAGUUGCUUGCUCUGCACUUCCUAUUUACUCAGGUAAUAUUAUAUCCUUCUCAGUUUUUGAUGGGGUUGAAGACUAGAGAGUUAUAGUUACAGUUUUCCUUAGUCUUGAUAGAAAGUAAAUUAGUUACAAAACUUCGGAUUCAUCAAGAUAGGACAGACAAAGGAGUAUUUUCUCUGAAUUUGCCAAAUACAAAUGGACUGGACAUUAUGAAUGUAAUUUUUACUUGAUAAUUGUUCUUAUUGUAUCUAGUUUCAUUUGUUAAAGUUAAUACCUUUCCUUUCUAUUUAGAAAAUAUCUGAUAAUUGUUCUUAUUGUUCUUAUAGUUUUAAUGUGUUAAGAGUUAAAACUUUUCCUUUUUAUUUAGACAAAAAUGAGGAAAUGUUGUGGAAUAAUCUUUUUGUAUAAUGUGAAGAUGUGUCACUCUGAUUGGUUUAAUAAGAAGCUGAACAGCUGAUAACUAGGCAGGAUUUCCAGGCAGAGAGGACACUAGGAAGAAGGGCAGAGACACAGAGCAAGCAAGAUGGACAAGAUGGAGAUAAGGUAAUAAAGCCACAAGACAGAAAGUAAAUUAAUAGAAAUGGGUUAAUGUAAGAUAUGAGUUAGUUAGAAACAAGCCUAAGCUAAGGCCGAGCUUUCAUAAUUAAUAAUAAGACUCCACGUCUUUUGUGUGUGUGUGUGUGUGUGUGUGUGUGUGUGUGUGUGUGUGUGAGCUGGUGGCCCAAAAAGAAAAGUCCAUCUACAGUCCUCUUAUCUCUAGACCCAGUAAGCAUAUUUCCAGCUGCUUCCUAACAUUAUUGGUAAUGUAGUGUAGGGUCUCUGUGACCACCACAGCCAGCAGUGUAACGAUCCAUGGGAGGCAAGGAGGUAGCCCAGUUCAUCAUGACUAAGUAGCUGGUGCUGAUGUAUUUAAGCAUGGCACAAUUUGAUGAAAAUUUUCCUGGUGGUAAUUAAUUCAAUCUAUGUGCACAAUAAAGCCUAAGACACGGCUAUAUCAAAACUCUUUGAAAAGUACAUGUGACAUCUUCCAUAAAGAUAGGUUUUAUAGAUUGACAAGCUCAUGAUAAGGGUCUGAGGAAGAUCUGGUGCAAAGGUCAGCAGGCUAUUAACUAUGUCCACUCCAAGCCUUCUUUUGACUUUAUUACUUUAUCUCCAUCCUGUCCAUUCUGCUUGCUCUGCAUUUCUGCCCUUCUUCCCAGUGUCCUCUCUGCCCCCAUAUCCUGCCUAGCUAUCAGCUGUUCAGCUUUUUAUUAAACCAUUCAGAGUGACACAUCUUCACAGUAUACAAACAGAAGAGUGGGAAAAUUGAGCUAAGCCCAAGUGAGUAUGCAUGCAUUCAUUUCUCUCUGGUCUUGACUGUGGCUAUGAUUAGUUGUUUGAAGUUUUUGCCUUGACUUCUCCACAAUGAGAGACUUUAACCUGAACCUGUAAGCUGAAAUAAAUGCCUUUCUCUCCUAAGCUGCUUUUUGUUGGAGUAUUGUAGCACAGCAACAGAUAUGAAAGCAGAAAAGGUCUAUAAUACAUUGCUCAGGAAACCUUUUCUAUGACAGAUCCCUUGGUCUCAAGAAUAUUAGUUUGAAGACCAAAUGAAACCCCAAAACUUAUUCCAACCUUUCUGGCCAAUUUAUUAAAUCAGAAGUAAAGCCAUGUUAGGUAGAAUUAAUACCAACAUGAAAGCCAUUCUUCUCAGUGUCCUUUAUUAACAAUGGCUAAUUGAAUACCUGAUCUCCAAAAGAACAAUCAUGUUGGAAUUCAGUUGCAUCAGGUCGAUCAUGGGAGGAAGAGCUUUAAGGUCAUGGAGUUUUGUUUUAGCAAUCCCAUCACUCUAACAGAACGCCUGAUAUAAUAAAGAGGGAAGGAUUUAUUUUUGACUCACUGCUUCAGAAAGGUCAGUCCAUCCUGGUGAGAAGAUAUCAUGUGGUUUUCCUGGGAAAAUAUCAAAAAUUAUCUAGUCACCAGAUAGGGCACUGCCAACAGACCAGAGAAAUUAUUCCAUCCAAGUGCACCUUGAUGCACCAAUGAGCACUGGGAACCAGGCAAUGUGCUCUCGAAGGUGUGUGUAGUUGAGAUAGGAGCUGGACAUUGUCAGAUUCUAAGUUGUAUUAGCAGGCUGAUCAGCACUUCAUCAUAGAACAGAAGUGGUAGGUUCCGGGUCACUUCUCAGCAGGUCAAAAGGGUAUGUGCAUGUAUGUCAGCCACGGGUGGGUCAGACACUACCUCAGCCAUACCAGCAUUUCUCCCUCAGCUCAAACCUGUAGCCUCAUGAGGUAGCUCUCUGCAACCAGCUGAUGGGGGCAAAAUACUCAGCCCUGACUCCCACGUGUUAGCUUCCUGUGUUGAUACUAGCCAAAAGUCACUGCCACACAUCUUAGGGGUGACCCUAAAGAAUGGUGAAGGGAAUCCUUCUAACACACUAAACUAUACUCAGUUUUGAUCAUUUUGUAUAGAGGGAAAACAGGCUGAUUUACAGACCCUGUCAACAACUGGCAAACAGCUGAGUUGAUUGACACCUGUUCGGGCUCUCAUAUCCAGCCUGGAAGUGCGGAGGAGUGGCCUGGUGGGGGCGGAACUACAAUAUAGUGCCUGCUUCUUCCCUCGGAGGGACCAAACUCCAUUCUCCGGUAGCAAUGAGGGUGAUAAUAAAACUGAGACUACUGAAAAGGGCGAGGCACUUGCUGCCUGCUGGUGAAAUACAUAAGGAACACUAAGAAAUGCAGUAAGCAACGAUUUGAGUUCAGUGCAAGGCUGGAGUGGGAAGAUCCCUCAGGCCCAGAGGAGUUUAAGAACUGCCUGGACAUCUUAGCAAGAUCUGUGUCUACUCAGUUGGUAGAGUGCUCGCCCAGCACCCACAAAACCCUAGCCAACGUGUGAUGCCCAGCAUUGCAUCAGUCAGGCAUGGGGGUACAUGUUAAUAACGUUUUAAUAGUAUUACUAUUUUAGUAUCAAUCAACUAAUAUUUAAUAUGGAGUUGAUUAAUAUUAGUAUUAAUUUUUAAUGAUAUAUUUCAUGUUAUAAAAUAAAAAUAAUGUCAAAAACGUUUUUUGACACGGCAUCUUACCACAGCUCAGGUUGGCCUGGAACUCACAAUCUUCCUGCUCUAGCCUACCCAGUGCUAGGACUAUAGGUCUAUACUACCGUGCUUGACCAUAGUAUCAAAACUUUGAGACAGGACAGGCCUGCUAAUUCAUCAACCUCAGGCUUCAAGAGGGCUCCUCUCCACAGCUGGGCACUGACCCUGCACACUGACAAGGAUCAGCUCAACUUCAGGGUCUUGUGGGGACUUCAUUUUCUUCAUUGCUUAUUUUCCUCAGUCCUUUGCUUUUGUUCUUGGGGAUCAUUACUCAAAAAUAAUGCUUCAGAUAAGUGCUUGUCUCUGCUUGUGUUUUUUAGUAGUUUGAGGUAAAAGAAUAAACCUAAGUAAGAUUCUAACAAUAACAUUCCACUCAAAAGAUAUUUCAAAAGUACAGAAAACCUAUGAGUAAUUUCGCUGGGUUAAAAAGCACAAACCAAGCCAGGCAUAGAGUCACACGCCUUUAAUCCCAGCACUCGGGAGGCAGAGGCAGGCAGAUCUCUGUGAGUUGAGGCCAGUCUGGUUCUACCUAGGGAGUUCUAGGACAGCCAUGGCUACAUACAGAGAUCCUGUCUCAAACAAACAAACAAAUAAAUAAAAAUAAAAGGCAUAAACCAGAGUUGUCCUGGCACAUUAGGCACAUGGUCUUAAAGGACAGGAAAGGAAACUGAGGUUGUAAGUGGUGGGAAGCCAGCCGAAUCCUUGGGCUCAGACUUGAGGAGGCUACCAAAACCAAAGAAGAAGAACCAACAGAAGUCCCCCGGAGUUUCCCGCAGAGGGUCUGGAGAAGCAAGCCGGUCUGUGCAAAGAGAUGGGCUCCUCAGCCUGCCGCUAUCACCAGCCCCGUGGAUCCCAGGACACAGGCUCCAGUGUAGGCUAGGACACGGUGUUCCCAGGGCCUUAGUUGCGGAUACUGAGCAGAGAGAAAAAGGCAGUCUCGGCCCUCCUUUGCCAGAUCUGAGAGCCAAAUCUCACUAGUUUGUCCUCUCUCUGUUCCUCCCUCCCUCGGUUCCUGGACAGGGAAUGGGCCUUUCUGCAAAUAGAAGGCCUUUCUGUCCAAGAAGGCUUUGGCGCCUUGCCGCAAUAAAGAGCCCUGGGCGCCUGAAGGGUGCAAAAGGACAAACAUCAGAGCCCAGACGUGGUGAAAAUGUGACUCCAUUGCUAUGCUUCCGCAGUGGGCCAGCUACGUCCUUCUGGUGUCUCCUAUAGAGGCCCCAGGGAAUCUUCAAGAGGACUCGGGACAACUCAGAGGCCUGUGACCCGACCUUUUUUAGUUCAGGGCGCAUCUCUGACUCAGCAUGACCUCGCACAUCUCUUGCAGGCUCCCGAGCCACUGUUGCCGCUUUUCAAGGUGAGGAUCCUGCUGUUCCAAUGACGCUUCUCCGCCCCCCGCUGUCUGGUGACGGUCUAGAGCCGUACUGAGGCGCAUAAGUGAGCUCCCACGCUGUCGUGUGUCACCCACAGAGGUCUCUUGCGAACGCUGACUUGAAUUAACUGUCGGGUCCGCCCGCCUGAGCUCAGACUCCAGACUGGGAGAGUGGAACAACGGACUCCUGCCCCGGGCUAGGCCUGGCAGGACGCGGACAUUGAAGCCAGCCAGGGUCAACCCCUUAGAGACCUUGCUCUCCGGACGCAGCUCCUCCCUGUCGCUCACCCUCCCACGUGUGGCUGAGAAAUCCGGAGCUCCGGGCUCGCUGCACGCGCAUUACACAGCAGCGGAUCCCAAGCGGGAGGCCCAGUUGGAAGGCCUCUGGGUGCGGAGGGAAAAGAGCAGGAGGCGGAGCCGACCCGGGAGCACCGCCCCGAUCGGUGGAGCGCACUAGUCUCCAGGUGCCUCGCUCGCACUGGGGGUGUGGUUCCGAGGACUGGGCUUCCCUGAGCUCCGCACCAGCCCCUAGGAGCUUUGCGGCACCCGCAGCGCAUUUGCACGCCAGAUUCUCCUAUUAACCCCCUUGUGCAAGUUGUGAAGGAGAGGCAGGAAGCAUGCGGGACUACGACGAGGUGACCGCCUUCCUGGGCGAGUGGGGACCCUUCCAGCGCCUCAUCUUCUUCCUACUCAGCGCCAGCAUCAUCCCCAAUGGCUUCAAUGGUAUGUCAGUCGUGUUCCUGGCGGGGACCCCGGAGCACCGUUGCCUUGUGCCUGACACCGUGAACCUGAGCAGCGCGUGGCGCAACCACAGUAUCCCGUUGGAGACGAAGGACGGGCGACAGGUGCCCCAGAAAUGCCGCCGCUACCGACUGGCCGCCAUCGCCAACUUCUCUGCGCUGGGGCUGGAGCCUGGACUGGACGUGGACCUGGAGCAGCUGGAGCAGGAAAGCUGCCUGGAUGGCUGGGAGUACGACAAGGAUGUCUUCCUGUCCACUAUCGUGAGCGAGGAACUCCUAGGAAAAUUACAAUUUCUUCAAGUCCAUUGUUUCAGUAGUCUGCUGGACAAAGAGGAGGACACAGAUGUUCCUUCAGAUUAUCUUCGUUCCUGCCAGGAUGGUUUACCCUGGGAUACUGCUGGUGGCCAAGGCGUUCUCUGCGGCUCCUUCGUGUCUGGGCAGCUGUCGGACAGGUUUGGCAGGAAGAAAGUCCUCUUUGCAACCAUGGCCGUGCAGACUGGAUUCAGCUUUGUGCAGAUUUUCUCCACCAACUGGGAGAUGUUUACUGUGUUAUUUGUCAUUGUGGGCAUGGGCCAGAUCUCCAACUAUGUGGUGGCCUUCAUACUAGGAACUGAAAUUCUGAGCAAGUCAGUUCGAAUUAUCUUCUCCACAUUAGGAGUCUGUACAUUUUUUGCAAUCGGCUAUAUGGUACUGCCGCUGUUUGCAUACUUCAUCCGAGACUGGAGGAUGCUGCUGCUGGCCCUGACACUUCCUGGGGUGCUGUGUGUCCCCCUGUGGUGGUUUAUUCCUGAAUCUCCCCGGUGGCUCAUAUCCCAGAGGAGAUUUGAAGAGGCAGAACAGAUCAUCCAGAAAGCUGCAAAGAUGAACAGCAUCGUGGCACCAGCAGUGAUAUUCGAUCCUCUGGAGGUGAGUGAGCAGCUACAGGAGCUAAAUUCCUUGAAGCAGCCAAAAGCCUUCAUUCUGGACCUGUUCAAGACUCGGAACAUUGCUACAAUAACAGUGAUGUCUGUGAUGCUGUGGAUGCUAACCUCAGUGGGUUACUUUGCUCUGUCUCUCAAUGUUCCUAAUUUACAUGGAGAUAUCUACCUGAACUGCUUCCUCUCUGGCCUGAUUGAAGUUCCAGCUUAUUUCACAGCCUGGCUGCUGCUGAGAACCCUGCCUCGGAGAUACAUUAUAGCUGGGGUGCUGUUCUGGGGAGGAGGUGUGCUUCUCUUGGUCCAAGUGGUACCUGAAGAUUAUAACUUGGUGUCCAUCGGCCUGGUGAUGCUAGGGAAAUUUGGGGUCACCUCUGCCUUCUCCAUGCUGUAUGUCUUCACUGCAGAGCUCUACCCAACCCUGGUCAGGAACAUGGCUGUGGGCAUCACCUCCAUGGCCUCUCGGGUGGGCAGCAUCAUCGCUCCCUAUUUUGUUUACCUGGGUGCCUAUAACAGACUCCUGCCCUACAUUCUCAUGGGCAGUCUGACUGUCCUGAUUGGAAUCGUCACCCUUUUUUUCCCUGAAAGUUUUGGAGGGACUCUACCAGAAACCUUAGAGCAGAUGCAGAAAGUAAGAGGGUUCCGAUGUGGGAAAAAAUCAACAGCCUCAAUGGACAGAGAAGAAAACCCCAAGGUUCUAAUCACUGCAUUCUAAUAAGGUUCCUCGGCACCUGCCAAACUGGAAAAUAGAUGUGUAAGAUGAGCUUGGUGUGAUGGAACACAUCUGUGAUCCUAGCACUGUAGGGGGGAGCCAGGAGAAUCAGGAAUUCAAGGUCAGCCUUGGCUAUAUCAGGAGUACAAGACCAGCCUGGACUACAAGCAAUCCUGUCUUAAGAAAACAAAAUUAAAGCCUUUCCUGCUGAAAGGGACUAACAGAAACAAUGAACAUUAAGCUGGACUUGUGGAGAAAUACAUGUUGUCUCCUAAACUCUCAGCCACUCUUCCAGAUAAUCUUCUUGUUUUUUAAGAACAAACAUUUCUAAACUGUCUUGACCACUAACUAGUCAAAGAAAGAGGUUUGUAAGAUUUUUCUUGAAAAUGUGUUAGUCAAGGAUUGGCAAAAUCCAUAUUAAGAUUAACACACAUUUCCAAAAUGCUAUCCAAAUAAAAUUGACUGUAUUAUCACAACUA